AUGGACGACCACAGAGCACUCGACCAGCCCAGGGAACUCCAGGGCAUCAGCACCCCGCCACACUCCCUCGACGACUCCCCCUCGAUGGCCAACCGCAGACGAGCACGGCCAUUCAGCAUGCUCGCCUACAGCUGCAACAACACCAACAACAGCCAGCCAAACAACUCCCCCUCGCCACUCUACCCCGAAGCACACUCCAGAAACGCCUCCUUCGGAUCCGCACCCCGCCCACUCGCCCAUCCAGUCCUCGGAACACCCUCCAAGCGCCCCGCCACCAGAUGGACCGUCAUCAUCAUCCCCCCAGCACUCCUGCCCCACUCCCCCCCGCCACCCCAUGUCUCAGGAUUCGCACACGGCUACGGCGCAUCCGGCCGCUACUCUGCUGGCCUCCUCCUGCCCCUCCAAGCCACCUUGACCCUCCAACUAGCCUCAAUCGCACGCGAAUUCUCACUGCCCUCAACCGGCGGGCUGAGCCUUCAUCUCUCCAUCUCCGCUGCCGACCAGCCUCCGAUCCCCGGCCCCAGAGUGACUGACGAAUCCUGGAGCGUCCUCUUUGGCUGGGCCUUCGAAGACAGCCCCCCGGCCUGCACUGGUCUCCAAGCCUCAACCGGUCUACCCAUUGCUGGUCGGCUCGAAUUCGACAUCGAUCUGAAAAAGGCGCGUUGGUUUGAUGCCUGGGCAGCCGCCAGCCAGCCAUCCAACCGAUCAAGCACUCAGAUCCAACACUCACUCAAGCUCACCUCCACCAACUUCAUCCCCGGCCUCCCUCCUCGGCCCUUAACAGAACAGCCCGUAGCCUCAUCCUCAACCCAAGGAGUCCGAACGCUCAUCACCUCCGCCCGACGAGGCAGUGCAAAGUCAUCAGCCACAGAUGAUAGCAACAAGCAGCUCCCGAACGGCCACCCAGAGAACCUCGACGGCCAGCCUAGAUCGCCCGCUUCGAUCAAGUCAACCCAAGCCUCCCCGUCCCGAUACGUCUCAGGAAGCCAUGAUGCUGGUCGGACGGCUAUCAUCUCACCAGUCACCAUCUCAUCAGCCGAAACCUACCAUCGCCAGCAACUCGAACGACUCGUCGAGUCUGAAGAACUCUCUGCCGCCGAGGAGGACAACUGGCACAUCCAACAGGAGACCAUGCUCCGUCAGGCCACCCUGGAGCGCGAGCAGAUCGAGCUUGCCGAACAACUCGAGGACGAGCAGAGGAUUAUCAGAGAGGAACAGCAGCUCUCGCUCCAGGCUCACGAGCAGCAGCGUGCCAUGUCGACUCCCCAACAUGAUGGAUCAUUCUCCAAGCCGAUCGACCCCACCGAACCAUCCAACCAUCAGCGGUCGAUCGAAUCAGCUUCCGCGGAGAACCCUCCUCUCACGACCCCAUCGGGCGCAUCUCCAAGCAGUGGUCAGCAAGCUGGAUCACCCAACACCACACCGGUUCGUCACCACAAGCCAGACCGAUCGAUCACUGUCAUCACCUCAUCUGCGCACUCGGCUACCGAGUCUGGAAUGACGAGCAAAGUCCAGUCUGCUCAAUCGAGAAGCAGCGAGAUCAACAUUUCCAAUGAGAUUGAAGUCGACAUAAUCCAGUCAACUGAAGUCAAGGACAACUCCGCGUCGGGAUCGACGAUGGCUCGACUACCUGAAAUUCAAACCACGGUUGCUCUGGAUAACCCCGCUCCGCAGAUGGAGGUCAUCAAGUCAUCUGAGUCGAUCGAAGCGGAAACUCGCUCAGCUGAUCCGACUUCAGUCGGCGAUCAAUCAUCAAGCGCGCUGAUCGAGUCCGACCAGAAUGUGUGCAUGUCAUCCAUGGCAGAGGCCAGUCUGAUCACCCCUAGUGUUGCACAGUUCCACAACCCGUCGGCCCAGUCAAGCGAGACAGUCACUAUAACGGCCACGGAAGAGUUGGCAGCACCAACAGACAGCAGGAUAUCUAGAUCUGCUCAAAUCGAAACUUCGAUGGCUCGGAGCACCUCGGCUAGUGUUCUGGAGAACAAACCAGAGGCCCGUCUCGCAUUACCUGAUCCUCUCAGUCGUUCCGUCUCUGAAAACACCGGUGCAUCACUCCCAACCCGCAACUUGUCUCCUGAGAGCAGAGUAUCUAAAGACGAAGCCAAGUCCAAGCAUCUCUCAGAACCCCUUCGCCACCCUAAAUCCGCCGAAGGCUCAUCCUUCUCGCCAAGCCUUGGCCGUUCCGUGAACCGAUUCUCGGGCGAACAAGAACUGAUUAAACGCCGGUUGAAAACCGCCCAGGGAGAUGAAGAGACCCAAAAGAUGAUCGAUGAGAUGAACAGACUCGUCAACGAAAAGGCUAUGGCCAAGGAAGCCCUGAUCCGCUCGAACCCAUCGAUUAGGAGUGUUCGUGAUGACGAACCUGUUCCGCUACCACCAGUCAAGGAAACUCCGAAGGUUGCACCCCCACCACCCACCAGGUCGAAAGUGAUCCAACUGGCCAAGUCCUUCGGCUCUUCCGAACAGAGUCCAUCCAAUUCGGCCCACUCCUCUCCCAAGGGUAGCACUCGAACCCUCGAAAGCUCACCCACCAUCCCUCCCUUACCGCUCCCUCCCCCAAAAUCCGAGCCCAACCUCGACUUUCUUGCCCAUUCACCCGUUGUCCAAGGCUUUUCUUCCUCCCACUCCACACCCCAUUUCAAUGCCCGACGCUCGAUAGACACCCAAAUCGAGCCUUUGCCUGCCGCCAACCCUGCCUCCAAAUCCACCCCAUCCUCGGUCACCUCAUCUCCUGCCACGCGCUCGAAAUCGCUCUUCAAGCCGCGUCUCUCGCUCGGCAACAACCUGCUGUCGAGCAUCUUUGGUGGCCAGAGCAGCAGUCAGCCUGUCGAACCCGAUCCGCUCGUCGUCGAUCCACUCGCGCCCAUCUUGCAUUGCUACGAAACCCCCGACGGCAUCUCCCACGAUCUCAGCAACUACAUCGUCUCUGCUCAAGAUCAAGCCCUCAAGAGACAUCAAAAGUUCAUCGUGGCAAUCUCCGGUGGAAGCUUGCCCAAACUAAUGGCUGCUGGGUUAAUCGACAACCCUAAGAUUAAGUGGGAAACUUGGAAAGUGUUUUUUGCCGAUGAAAGGAUAGUGCCCUUGGACCAUCCAGACUCGAAUUUUGCCAAUGUGAUGGAGGCCUUGUUCGAUAAGGUACCGAUUGAUCGAAGUCAAUUAGUGAGCAUCAUGGGUCUUCCGCCGGAUGACAUAGACGGAGACGAGAUGGCGCCGGUAGUGUCCUCGAUCUACAUGGCCCAAGUCUUAGAAGAAUUAGAUUGGUCAGCGGAUGGAGACCAGCUGCCGCGGUUCGACCUAAUCCUCCUCGGGAUGGGUCCGGACGGACACGUGUGCUCGUUGUUCCCUUCGCACAAGUUGCUGAACGACGAGGCGAUCAUCAGCUGGUGCAACGACUCUCCCAAGCCCCCAGCCCACCGGAUCACGAUGACCUUGCCGGUGCUGAAUGCGGCCCACGAGCUCGCCUUCGUCUGUGCCGGCCCGAGCAAAGGCCCCGCCCUCGCCGACGUCCUCGACCUCCAGCCCUCGGCCACCAGACCUGCUAGUCUCGUCAAGCUGCCCCACAAACCUGUCGUCUGGUUCGUCGACCAGGCCGCCGCGGCUAAGACCCAGUACCCGCGCACCACUCCUCUCGGCGGUGCUGCUCCUUCGACCCAAGUCUCUGCUGAGGCGGCGAACCUCGGUGGCCUUCAAUUGGAAGGCAUGGAACCGAGUCCGAUCGUCCAGGCUAAACCAACGGAUUCAUCCGGCAUCGUCGAGCGAGGGAUGAUUGAUGACCGGACGUGCAGAACUGAAGACGAGGCGCCGGCCAGCCCGCCGUCGCCCUUGGCCAGCAGCUUCGAAGUCCGAGCAAUCGAUGUGGCCGGGUUUGGGUACCCACACAGUCUCAGGGUCUAUCCCGCCGUCUACCCCUACAUCGACCAGAUGCUUUACUGCCCCGCGCCACCGAUCAUCGAGGUACGAUCACUGUCCAAAGAGGCUCUCUGCAAUCCGGCCACGCUAAAUCCAGUCGCCUGUAUACCGAGACAAGAGGUUGUUGAGGAGGCCAUUGAAGUCGUCGAAGAGAAUUGCGAAGUGAUUGCUCUAGAGCGUGAAGCAGAGCGCGAAGUGAUUAGUUCAGAGUGUCAAGUCGAUCUAGACGAGGUGGUAGAAUCAGAGCAGGUGGUGGAGCUGGAGCAGGUCAAAGAUUUAGAUCAGACAAUUGGUCUCGAUCAAGCAACCGUUUUGGAGACAUUAGAUUCAACUGUCCGGUCCAUAGUUUCCAUGUCGAAAGCUGAUCUGGGGUAUCCGCAGAAUCUGAGCGUCUAUCCUUCCGUCUAUCCCCAUCUGGGAGAUCUGCUGUACGCUCCUCUGGCCUUCACCCAGCCCAUCACCCCGCCUCGGACCAGGCACUUGUCCGUGUCGCCCCCCGCUGUUUGCCCCCAACCCGAUCUCGCCGAAACAUCUAUGGGCAGCCAGGUGGUCGUGGCACCCCAACCUGAAGAACAAGCUCCUACUAGCUGUCCAAAGGAUGAGAGUUCGUUUGGUUAUCCGUACAAUCUCAUCGUGUACCGCGCGGUCUAUCCCUACAUGGAGGAUCUUUUAUAUCCACCACUCCCGCCCCGUCUUUCCGCAUCACUCGAAGUGGUGCAGGUGACACGGCAAGCCAAACGAACACCCGCGCCAUUCCCACCGUUCUCGGCUCAAGUCAAUGGGUCCCGAGGGAUCGCGUACCAGCUCUCACCCGGGCCGGAAUCAAUGAGUGCCCCGACGGAGCAGUCCACCAAGACGGCGACCAUUGCUCCCAAGAGCCCGGUGGCGGCCAUGCAGACCACGCUCUCCGGUGCCUUCCAUUCGCCGUCGCAGCCAUCCCUAACCCCAACCGCCAGGCUCUUCACCCCCUCGUUGCAGUACUCUCAGCUCGACUCUCAGGGCGGCGCUAGUCUCACCCCUGCCGUGUCCCCUUUGGCGUUGCGCGCUUUGCCCUCGACGUUACAGCAGGAGUACUACGGUGAACUUGAGGCGCCGCAUUCUCAGUCCGAGCAGGAGACCGAUGUUAUCGCCAGAUCGGCGCUGCUGACCAGCCCGGUUGCAAUCAUCCCAUCGCACCUCCCCCAAUCAUUUUACCCUACCGAUCGUUCCCCAGCUAGCCAGUCACGCAAGAUCAUCUCCCCCUCUCUGCCCUUCACCCAUCCCGUCGCGGCCAAAAAUGAGUUCUCGCAUGCCGUUCCAGCGGCUGCCUUGAAGGCUUCCCCCUCGGCGCUAGGCUUUGCCUUCUUUGGUGGGGCUGCCGAGGAUUCGACUGUCAGAGAAAUAGAUGUCGAGACAACCCUGCAUCAGCUAACCGAUGAUGACUGGCCGCCUACCCCACCUUCACCCGAUCGGCUACCAUCGCCUGAUCUGAUGAGUAGGUUGGCAACAACCCCAUCCGUAGCUACUCACGCUAAGGGCUCGACCGAUAUCAACACCAUUCAGCCCCAGUUUCCUGACUUCAAAUCUCACGAGACCCCCGUCAGUGAUCAAUCAUCCAGCAUGCUGAUCGAGUCCGACCAGGAGGUGUGCAUGUCAUCUAUGGCAGAGGCUAGCAUGAUCACCCCGAGUGUCGCACAGUUCCUCGACCAGUCGGUGUCCGAAAUCGCAGAUGUCCAUCCCGAAGAUCUAUCAGAGUUUCAUGCAGAGUCUACCCCAAGGGCUAGCGCCCAACCUCAAUUAGAGAUGCCUUAUGAGCUAUCUACAUCCCCCGAAAACAUCGACGAAACUCAACUGGAUUUUGGUCCUUUGCCUGGAGAAACUCAACCGCAUGUUUUUGAUCCUCAGGUUCAGGUUUCUCGACAGCAGUCUGCUGGUUUGACUAAUGGAUUGGGACUCGAGUUGGGUGAAACUGUGGUCAAGUCGGAUGAACAAGCUACCCCAACAAAUCCCAGUCACGCUUCACCACAAGACGCCGAAGGGAAUCAGAAGGAUGUAGAAGGAUCGGCUGAAAAUGGAUUGGUACAAUCAUCAGGUUCGUCUGAAUGCCAAAUGAACUCACUCCGUUUGCUUGGCGAAAUGGAUGUAGAUGAUAUGGUUUCAGAGAUCUCGCCCCUCCCUUUGGCCUCCCCUCCUUUGAUGGAGCGACUUCUCUUAACGCCUUGCGCUUCGCCCAGCUUUGCCAAACAAUUUCCUGCCUAUGACGCCGCUCUCACCGCUGAUGAUGAGGAAAGCUUCCUGUCUCCCCCCAAAAUAGAAGCGGACUGGCACAUCCCUCAAGUCUCGUUAUCUGAAGCUAGUGCGCCCUCCCCACCACGGACUCUCCCGCUUGCUCUCAAUCUAGCACAUGCCGAAUCUUCGGAGCGGGACGGCCUAGCACCCCAUGGGCCGUCGUCGGCUGAGCAAACCGAAGCAAACCACUCACCAAUCUCCGAGGAGGAAGAAUCAACACCUACUGCUCCCAUCCUCGAAGAUCUGGCGAUUCCAUCAGUGGAAAAAACCACGGAUGUGGUCGAGCAAGCCCGCUCAGACUCUCCGUUCUUCCUCGACCAAGCUCCAGGCCCCGCCAGCCAAGCCCCCAACAACCCCGGCUCCUCGGCCCAAUCCUCCCCGACACACGCCUUGACGGUCGAUGCCGCUGUGCCUGUCGAACGAGGCCUCGGGAGCGCUGGCCUCAAUCAGCAGUCGUCUAGCCGGUUCGACUCGCCGAUUUUCCCGCCACUUAAUCUGACGAUGGAUCUGUCCGACCCUCUUUCUGCGGCAACCACAGAUCGCUCGGGCAUAGAAGAUGACAUCCCCCACGGCGUGGAGUCAAGUCCUUCGGAGCAAUCGUCGUUUGAACAUCAAUCGAAUGGGUUCAGUCUUGACCGUAUCCGUGAAUUGAGCGGCCAAACACCGGUGACAGACAACAGCGAAGAAGUAGAUGUGCCCGAAUUACCCUCGAUCACGAAGCGUCCGCCGACACCCCCGAAUAAUGAUCUCGAAGUGCAGCUGGAAUCAGUGGCCAUCGAUGAAGCCACCCCCGCUCCUCCAUCGCCGAUUUUACUUCCGUUUCAAGAUCUGACGGAGAUCAGUGAAGCCUUGGGCCAAUUUGUUUUUGAAGCCCAAGAGGUGGCCAUUCAAAGACACGGGAAAUUUCAACUGGCACUAGGCGGCUCCAUCCUGCCGCAGAUCCUUGGUGAAGGGCUUGUAGGGGACGAUCGGAUCCGAUGGGAACGAUGGGAAAUCUUCCUAGUGGAAGAAGCGAUUGCGCCGCUCGGAUCACCCCAGUCAGUGCUCAGCGCGCUCACCGAGUCGAUCAUCCAGCACGUGCCGAUUCCGAGGAGCCAGGUGCAUUCGAUCGCCGAAUUAACGGAGGCGGAUAUUGAGGAGACCAAGACGAUCCCGGAAGGCCUGGACAGUUUAGCAGACAGUCUGGCGGAUGAAUACGAGAACCGACUGAUUGAGUUGUUUCCGGAGGCGAGUCACGAGACGGGGCAGCCGCCCGAGUUCGACCUGAUUCUGAUCUCGGUGGGCGAGGAGGGUCAGGUGGGCAGUCUGUACCCCUCCCACCCGAUGUUAGGCGAGUCGAACUGGUUCGUGGCCUGGCUCGGCGACGCCUGGGACCCGCCCUCCCACCGGAUCACGCUCACCCUGCCCGUCCUCAACGCCGCCCGCCAGUUCGCUUUCCUGGCCGUCGGCACCGAGCUCGCUGAGAUCGUCUCCGACGGCCUCGAUCGCUCUAUCCAGUCCGACGUGCCUAUGGAGGAAGACCGGGUUAACCCCACCGCGCUCGUCAAGUCUUCGAACCUCAAGCCCGUCGUCUGGUUCACUGACCUUGCUGCCGCCGCGUUGACCGACUACCCUAAGUCGGCCUUCUGGGACGAGCCGUAA